AUGUAUUUAUUACAACAACAAGAUUGUUAUGUUCCAUGUUCAUCAGUCGAUGAAGUUAAUUUAAUACCUGUUAGACAAUAUGAUUCAAAUAAUGUGAAUAAAUUACAAACAAUUCAUAAUCUUAUCGAACAAUUUCCAAUUCCUAUUAAUAUCAAAUUAGCUAAAUUACCCGGUUUAUAUGCAUAUAAAGAUUUUAAUGGUUAUUUACAAUUACUUGGUUCACGUACUGAAGAAUUUGCUAUAUGUGCAUCAUUAUCAUCAUCAAAUAUUGCUGUUUUUCCAACAAAUGCUCCACUUAAAUUUGUUGUAUCACCAUUAUCAUCAUCAUCAUCACAAAUUCGAAAUGUUUUAUCAAGUUGUCAUAUAUUUAUUCGAUCAUUUGAUAUGCAAAUUCGUCGUAUACUUAAAUCAUCAACUCAUCAUAAUACAUCAUCACAUCGUUCUCGUGCACGAUAUCCAAAAGUUCAAGCAACUAUUGAUGAUCAAUUUAAAUGUUUAAAACGAUCUAGCAGUAGUGAUCAAAGUUCAACAAUAAAAGAUGAUCAAACAACAGCAACAACAACUGACGAAGGUUAUCGUUCAGGUUCAUCAGCUCUUCAAAGACGAAAUAAUAAUAGACAACAACGAGCUACUAGUGUUGAUAUCGGAGAUGAUUCACAACAUAUUGAACGUCAAAGAACAUUAUCAACAGAUGAUGAUACAGUUUAUAAUUCACUUGUUCGUCCUGUUCGAGGAAGGGCAAAAUCAAUAUCAUCAACCUAA